AUGUCAAAGACAGUUCAAUUAAUAACUUUGGGAAUAAUAAAUUAUAGUCAAUCAUUAGAGCUUCAAAAAGUGAUAAGUAAUAAAGUUAAAAACAAAUUAUUACCAGAUACUUUGUUGGUAGUUGAACAUAAUCCUGUUUAUACUGUUGGAUUACGAAACAAAGCCUAUGAUGAAAAGGAAGAGAAAAGGCUUGUUUCAUUAGGAGCCGAGUUUUAUAAAACUGACAGGGGAGGACUCAUAACUUUUCAUGGACCUGGUCAAUUGGUAGUCUACCCAAUAAUAGAUUUAAGAAAAUACAAGCCGAGUGUUAGAUGGUAUGUUCACACAUUAGAGAAAACAAUUAUCGACUUAUGUUCUUCUUAUAAAAUUGAAGCUCAAACAUCACCUCACACAGGAGUUUGGGUGGGUGACAGUAAAAUAUGUGCUAUGGGAAUUCAUGUUAGUCAGUAUGUAACCACUCAUGGAUUAGCUUUAAAUUGCAAUACAAAUCUUAAAUGGUUCUCUCACAUUGUGCCUUGUGGAAUCGAAGGAAAAUCUGUAACUUCAUUAUCUGAAUUACUUUGCAGAAAUGUUGAAGUAAAGGAAGUUUUACCAAAAUUUUUACAAUCAUUUUCUAAAUUUUUCAAUUGUCAAAUUGAAGUUAAAGAGGAUUUAAAUAGUAAAACAUUAUUAGGUAUAAAUCAUAAAUAA